CAGUCGCUCGUGAGCGGGCGCCUCACCCAGUCGUCCACCAGCCCGCACGACCCCGCGCAUGCGAGUAUCGAUCUACCAAAUACUCUCCGUAUCUAGGUUAUCCGGCUAAAAUUAAAGGUGCGUUCCGAAUUCAAGGUUGCGAGCGCCGCGGGCGCACAGAAAUAGCACUGUGCAUGGAGAAAUGUUCCUGUACGUAGUGGCCGCCUAAAGUCAUAUGGGCGCGUUUAGCGUGGCCGAUGGUCGCCGGAAAUUAUGUAAGAGUGUGUUGUCCGGGAUUGAUUCCGCGACCCGCGUUGCCGUAACGUCGAUACCGCGUCUCCGGUCGAUAGUGUCGCGAGGAUUGGGAGUGUGCCUUCUCAGCGGAACAGGACCACUCAUAUAUAACGCGUGACGGAGCGCCCGAUAGCGUCAACAAUAACUUUAUAUGGAGCAAACCGGGCACCGGUCGGGAGCUGCGCCGCGGUACAAAGCACACAAAAACAGAUUUAGGUAACCGAAUACCGUCACCAACCCGCCGACAAGACAUCGACACGCCACCGAGACCACGAUACGAUUCAGACAUUUCUCGAACACUGCCACUUUAAAGGUUGUAACUUUGGUUAAGUUUGUGCUAAGUGAUAUGACUCGAAGAAUAACGCGCGCGCUGGGGCCUUCUGUGUUCGUCUGACGAAGCAUUAAGGUUGGCACCUGCAUAAUAGGGAGCCAUACGCCUCGGCGAAAAGACGGGUGCGAUACGCACUCGUGAUCUAGAGGGCGCGGGUGGUCGGGCCCGGCGCCAUGGCGACCGUGGAGGGGCGGCCGGCGCAGUAUGGCGUCACGCUGCGGCAGCUGCGCGAGCUCAUGGAGACGCGCGGUGCCGAGGGCAUGGCCAAGAUCAACGCCCUCGGCGGCCCGCAGGAGCUCUGCAAGAAGCUCUACACCUCCACCACGGACGGUCUUAGCGGUUCGAAGGCGGACAUGCAGCACAGGCGGGAGGUGUUCGGCUCGAACCUGAUCCCCCCCAAGCCCCCCAAAACUUUCCUCACGCUGGUGUGGGAGGCGCUCCAGGACGUGACGCUCAUCAUCCUCGAGGUCGCCGCCGUCGUCUCCUUAGGUCUCAGUUUCUACAAGCCGUCCGAAGACGCCAGUGAUAUUGGUCACCUCGACGAGGAGGAGGGCCACUACCAAUGGAUCGAGGGUCUCGCCAUUUUGAUAUCUGUUAUAGUCGUCGUCAUAGUCACAGCAUUCAACGAUUACACGAAAGAAAGGCAAUUCAGAGGGCUCCAGUCGAGGAUAGAAGGCGAGCACAAGUUCGCCGUGAUACGAGGCAGCGAGGUGAAGCAGAUCCCCAUCAGCGACAUCGUGGUGGGAGACAUCUGCCAGAUCAAGUAUGGGGACCUGCUGCCCGCAGACGGCGUCCUGCUGCAGAGCAACGAUCUAAAGAUUGACGAGUCUUCGUUAACGGGAGAAUCGGACCAUGUCAAGAAGGGAGAAUCUUUUGAUCCCAUGGUGCUAUCUGGUACUCACGUAAUGGAAGGUUCUGGUAAGAUGUUGGUAACAGCGGUCGGUGUGAACUCUCAGGCUGGUAUCAUUUUCACUCUACUCGGCGCCGCCGUGGACAAACAGGAGAAAGAGAUCAAGCAGAUGAAGAAGGAAGCUAAAAAACAACGGAAGGGCACCCAACGCAAGAGCCUCACCGGUGAUGAAGAUGCUUUGGCAAGCGGUAAUGCGGGCGCCAACCAUGCACGCGCGGAGGACAACCACGUGGCACCGGCCAGUGACAAACCCGCGCCCGAGGCGUCCCACAAGAAGGAGAAGUCGGUGCUUCAAGCCAAGCUGACCAAGCUGGCUAUACAGAUCGGUUACGCCGGUUCGACGAUAGCUGUUCUCACCGUGGUCAUCCUGAUAAUCCAGUUCUGCGUGCACACGUUCGUGAUAGAGGGCAAGGAGUGGAAGGCCACGUACAUCAACAACCUGGUGAAGCAUCUCAUCAUCGGUGUCACCGUGCUCGUGGUCGCUGUUCCUGAAGGGCUACCGCUCGCUGUAACACUCUCUCUUGCUUAUUCUGUUAAGAAAAUGAUGAAAGACAACAACCUGGUGCGGCACUUGGACGCCUGCGAGACUAUGGGUAAUGCGACCGCCAUCUGUUCCGACAAGACCGGUACUCUCACCACCAACCGCAUGACAGUCGUGCAGUCCUACAUCUGCGAGAAGCUGUGCAAGGUCACGCCCAACUUCCGCGACAUCCCGGCCCAGGUCGGCGACACCAUGAUCGAGGGCAUGUCCAUCAACAGCGCGUUCACCUCCAGGAUUAUGCCAUCGCAAGACCCCACGGGCCCGCCCAUGCAGGUCGGAAACAAAACGGAGUGCGCGCUACUCGGGUUUGUGUGCGCUCUCGGGCAGAGCUACGACGCGGUACGAGAGCGACACCCCGAGGAGUCGUUGACGCGCGUGUACACGUUCAAUUCCGUGAGGAAGAGUAUGUCAACCGUGAUCCCGCAUCAGGGAGGCUACCGGCUCUACACCAAGGGUGCCUCCGAGAUCGUGCUCAAGAAGUGCGCGUUCAUCUACGGGCACGAGGGUCGUCUGGAGAAGUUCACUCGCGACAUGCAGGACCGGCUCGUGAAGCAGGUCAUAGAGCCGAUGGCCUGCGACGGACUGAGGACCAUCUCCGUGGCCUACAGGGACUUCGUGCCCGGAAAGGCGGAGAUUAAUCAGGUGCACAUAGACCAGGAACCAAACUGGGACGACGAGGACAACAUUGUUAACAACCUCACCUGCCUUUGUGUCGUCGGUAUUGAGGACCCUGUCAGGCCCGAGGUGCCGGAAGCGAUCCGAAAGUGUCAAAAAGCUGGUAUAACAGUACGAAUGGUAACCGGAGACAACGUGAACACAGCCAGGUCUAUCGCAGUCAAGUGUGGCAUCCUCAAACCUUCAGACGAUUUCCUUAUUCUUGAGGGCAAGGAGUUCAACACCCGGAUCCGAGAUGCUAAUGGAGAGGUACAACAACAUUUGGUGGACAAAGUGUGGCCGAAGCUCCGCGUGUUGGCGCGCUCUUCUCCGACAGACAAGUACACGUUAGUGAAGGGAAUGAUCGAGUCCAAAGCCUUCGAUACGAGGGAAGUGGUUGCUGUCACUGGGGACGGUACUAACGAUGGUCCCGCGCUCAAAAAGGCUGAUGUUGGUUUUGCUAUGGGUAUAGCUGGAACGGACGUGGCGAAGGAGGCGUCGGACAUAAUCCUGACGGACGACAACUUCUCGUCGAUCGUGAAGGCUGUGAUGUGGGGCCGCAACGUGUACGACUCUAUCGCCAAGUUCCUGCAGUUCCAGCUCACUGUCAACGUCGUGGCCGUCAUCGUAGCUUUCAUCGGCGCCUGCGCGAUACAGGACAGUCCGCUCAAGGCCGUACAAAUGUUGUGGGUGAACCUUAUCAUGGACACGCUAGCGUCACUGGCGCUGGCCACGGAGAUGCCAACAUCGGACCUGCUGCUCCGCAAGCCCUACGGCCGCACCAAGCCACUCAUCUCCCGCACCAUGAUGAAGAACAUCCUGGGCCAGGCCGUAUACCAGCUCUUCAUCAUCUUCUCUCUUCUCUUUAUUGGGGACCGAAUGCUCAACAUCCCAUCGGGCCGCGGCCAGCAGCUCAGCUCAGAACCAAGCCAGCACUUCACCAUCAUCUUCAACACGUUCGUCAUGAUGACGCUCUUCAACGAGAUCAACGCGCGCAAGAUCCACGGCCAGCGGAACGUGUUCCAGGGACUCUUCACUAAUCCCAUCUUCUACUCCAUCUGGAUAGGAACUGCCUUGUCUCAGAUAGUGAUAAUCCAGUUCGGCGGCAUGGCGUUCAGCACAGCGGGUCUGACGCUGGAGCAGUGGCUCUGGUGUCUGUUCUUCGGCGCGGGCACGCUGGUAUGGGGACAACUCGUCACCACCAUCCCCACGAGGAAGAUACCCAAGAAGCUGUCAUGGGGUCGCGGGCAGCCGGAUCCCGAGAGCAUCCAGCCCGGGCCGGACUACGACGCGGACCUGGACAAGAAGCCUCGCGCCGGACAGAUCCUGUGGAUCCGGGGCCUCACGCGCCUGCAGACACAGGUCAUAGGUGGCGAGUUACAAGAGCGUUUGAUACCUGUGCCCUACAGCAAGACAUCCACCGAUCAAGCUAUCCGCGUGGUGAACGCGUUCCGGCAGGGCCUGGACUCGCGCGGCUCGCUGGCGGACGCGGCGCUGGCCGAGGCGCUCCGCAAGCAGACGGCGCUGUCCAAGCGCUACUCGCACUCGUCCAGCGUGGAGUGCGAGGCGCCGCGGGAGCUGGCGCCGCGCGACCUGGACGUGGAGCGACUGUCCAGCCACAGCCACACCGAGACCGCCGUGUAACCGCCCGCGACCAUCGCCGCCGCCCCGCGCAGACGUCACUUAUUGUUAACUAGUGUGUUUAAUUAUUCGAUUGUUUUGAAAAAUGUUUUAUUAUUAUACGUCUGUUGAACAAAUAAAAUAUUGUAAUAAUUAAUUUUAGAUUUAAGCGCGAGAACGAGCGAAUGGGCGUGUGAUUUUUGAAAUAUGAAGUUUCUCGUGGCGUGUCAACUCGCACGGAAUGAAAUGUUUUGUAUCGCUUUUGUCAAAGACAUGUUGCGGAGCGCGCGGGCCGGGGGGCGACACCGACCGCGCGCUCCCUUUAUAUAUUAUAUAUAUAUAUAUAUAUACAUACUUACUAAAUUAUUGAGGUAUCGAUUAAGGUGUUUGUUAUAAAUUUCAAUAACUUUCUUUUUGUUUUGACGACCUUUUCCCCUAAGUCUAAGUAGACAUGUAAGUCAUAUCUCGAAGCGGAGUCGCGUCCUUUGCUACGUGCCGCACAGAGCGUCGCGUGCGCACAGCGAAGUGCGGAGGGCGGAUUGCGGAGUGACCCGGUCGGCUUUGAACAUCUUCGAAAUGUUUAAAUAGAUAAAAUUGUAUAGCUGAAGGUAUUCAUUUGUAAUGCUAGUCUCUUAUGAAACAUACUAACUAUUCAAUUAUAUUAUAAUGUACUUAUUGAUUAUUGAUAAAUACUUCAAGUUUAUUAAACAAAGUAUAGUCUACGAUGUAACGAAUUGGAAUUUUUUCUCUAUGAGCAAUAGCUAGAGGGCGAGCUAGGCCGGGCCGCGGGGCAGCAGUGGUCGGUCACAUCCCUGUAUGUAGUUGGCUCGUGACGCGCGAACAACCCCCCCGUCGCCCCGCGCCCGGCCCUCGAGCUGUAUAGGCGUCGUAGGAUCGCAGCAGUGGCAUUUUCAAGUUAUAAAGUAAGACGUCUAGUUAGUGAGAGUCGAACCAUUUGUUUUAGUAAUAAAUAUAAAUAAAUAAAGUGAAACGAUAUGUAGCGAAUCGGCAAGUUCAAUUUUGUAUCUAGAACGUUUCAUAGUAGAGAUAUUGAGAGUUGUUACGUUUUAUUCGGUGAGAGUCCGGCGCUCAGUGUGCGUGUGCCCUUAGCUCGGACUUGUACAUUACUUCACAGUCUUGUAAGUCAUCGGGUGUAAGCUUCGGUCAAGUCUGUUGAGAGGUGGAGUCUAUUGACAGUUCACAUAUUGUGUAAUUAGUUACGGGCGCAGCGCCCGCUAGAGGCCACGGUAUUGUUUGCGUAUUGCGUUGAUAUUCGUUACCGCGUGUUAUCCGAUGAAAGACAUUUAGGAGCGAAUUGUGAUGGGCGACGACGGCGGCAGGCGGCAGCACACUGCUCCCGACCCUACCGCCGACCUCGCCCCCACUAUCAGCUGUUGUUUUGACAUGACAAUCUGCCACUAAUCAUUUUAGACUAUAAGUACCCAUUGUUGUAUUUUUCGUCUCACAAUAAAUGAAAAUCUAUUUUAUUGUUUUUAA